GCCAUUUCCAUUUUCAACCGAAGAAACAGAUUUCGUCUUCUUCUCCACUUGCAGCUCCAAUCGCAGUUUAAUUGCGUAUCCUGCGAUUCUGGUAAUUGGGUUUCUUCUGGUGGAUUUCCUUUUUCCAUGGAUGUUCAAUUGGUUGAUAAAGCUUUCACCUUUUCGAGGAGAAGAAGGAAAUGGCUUCUCUCUCUAGCUCUUUGCGGUGUCUCUGGUUAUGGGUUUUACAGGAUUUACCAUUUACCCUCAGUUUCGAGGAAGAGGAAGAGGUUGAUGAAGCUCUUGGGAGCUAUGUUUUCUGUGGCUGAAUUGGUUUAUGAUUCGUCAGAGACCAUAAAUGUUGUGUCCAGAGAUCUGAAUGAGUUCCUUCGGUCAGAUUCGGAUGAAAUUCCCAACAGUUUGAAGCAGAUUUCGAAAAUCGCUCGAGCCGGUGAGUUUGUGCAUUCCUUAGCUAGUGUUUCUGAGGGGUUUACCUUAGGGGUUCUUAGAGGUUAUAGGUUUGGAUCCGUGGAUCAGAAAGAAUCAGUAAAUGGAUCCUCGGAUUCUGAUUUUACCGAGAGAGUGAUGGACCGAGUUUUCUCGCCCGCUGGCAGCGGAUUCAUUUCCGCUAUUGCCGGUAGCUUUGCUAGGAAUCUGGUUUUAGGGUUUUACUCAGACAGUAGCAGCAGAUCAGUUGAGGGAUCAGCAGAGGCGAAUGGUCGGGAGAAAGGGAAGGAAUUCAGCACGAACUCCUUAGACGUGCCCUGGUGGGUUAAUGCACUUUACAGCGACAAAUCUAAGGAGCUUAUAGCGCAUUGUAUCGAGAAAUUUGUCACCGCAGCCGUUGCCAUUUAUCUUGACAAGACAAUGGACAUAAACACAUAUGACGAGAUCUUUGUUGGACUGACGAAUCCAAAACACAGAGAUGACACGAGGGACAUUCUUGUCUCUGUUUGCAAUGGAGCUGUCGAAACUCUCGUUAAGACGUCUCACAAUGUUUUGACGAGCCCGAGCUCUAACACCUCCCGCGAGAACGGGAAUGGAACUGGUAACGGCGGUUGGUUUGAUUCUGUCAAGACUACACUCGCAGUGCCAAGCAACAGGAAGUUUGUGUUUGAUGUAACGGGAAGGGCAACGUUCGAAACGGUAAGAUCUAUGUCGGAAUUCCUGUUACUGAAGCUCCUUGACUGUUUCAGAAGAAAUUCUCGGGCUUUUUCCGAUGAGAUUACCGGCAGAGGACGCCGAAUAGUCGCCUAUUUCGGCGCGAAAUCUUCGGUUAUCGUCACCAUUUUCAUCGCCUUCUACCUACACGUCCUCGACACCGAAAGGGUUAGGGUUUUGAUGGCAGUUUAAUCCACAUUUUUAGGGUUUCCUGCAUAAUCACAGAGGGGAUUGUCAUCAUAAACUUGUGCUCUUCUGCCUCCGUGAUGAUAUUUUUAGCUCUUGAAGAAACACUCACAGCCAAAUACAUUGUAUACAGUAUACUGCAUAUGUGUGUGUGUAUACACUGAAAAUACUGUAGAAUUGAAGGAUACAUAUGUUCAAUUUACAUGAACAUGGGUUGUUUAUGAGCAAAGGACAGAGGGGUAUAAUUAUUUAUUUGCUUAUUAAAAUUACUUUAAAUGCA